ACUGUUAGUAGAAAUUAAUUGCAAUAAAUACUCAUUAUUUUGUAUUGUAUAUUAAAAUACCCAACUUCAAAUUUUGCUGUGGUAACACUGUAUUAUAUAAGAACAUUGUACAUUCCAUCUAGCAAUUACAAAGGAAUAUUUUGUACAUAAAAUGUAUGAACCAGUGGUUUUAAAAAAGAAACAACCACGAACUUUGAGUGGAACUCCGGCUGCUAAAACGUUUGUAAUUGUAACUUUAAUAAAAAUUUUUAUUCCUACUGCAUUGUUCUAUGUACUUAGUGAAUUUAGAAUAAAUAACAAAAAACUUAUUGCUGAACUUGAAGAAGGUUAUCGUAAUAGAAAAAAGACUUUCUAUGAAGAAUUUAAGGAAACACAGGAGUUCUGGAAUGCACCAAUAUAUCAGAAUGUUGUUUCGCAAAUACUUAAUAAAGAAUCACAAGGAUUAUUAAAUACUGACAACUCUAAUUCACCUUCAGAAUAAGUUAAAGCCAAUAAUUAAUUGGUUUGUACAUCAAAACAUUUUAUUAAAAAAUAUACCUAAGAAAAUAGAAUUUCUUAUAUAUCAUUUUUGAGAAACAUAAAAUGAAUGGACAGCUUGAAAAAAAUAAACUUUUAUAUAAUAUAUCUGUUUUGAAUGAAGAUGACAGUAUAUUAGAUUUUAAAAGCCCAGAACAAUCUCCUAAAGCAAAUCCAACUGAAUUCAGUCAUUGCGACUUACAUAAAAAAAAAAAAGCAGCUGUAAAAUUCAAGAAUUCUGUUACAAAUCACAAAGGAGAAAAGUAUAGACAACAGCCUGAGAGAAAAAGAAGUUCACAACAGCCUUCGAUAGAAUCAUCAUUUUUUAAACCUAAAACUAAUUGUGAUGAUUCCUCUACUGAUGUAAAAGUAGCUCUUGUAUGUCCUUUAUGUUUUAAAACAUUUAAAGAUCUCAACUCUCGUUCAUUACAUAUGAAGAUUUGUGCAUUCAAGAAUAAUAUUACCACGAAAAAAUUAUUAGAUGCCAUUGAACUUCAAAAGCGACAAGAGAAUGAAAGAAAAUCAUUAGGUUUGCUUGUUGCACCUGUAGUACAAGAUAAAAAGAAACCAACUCCAUCAUGUAGAAAAAAUUUAUGUGAAGAAACUGAUCUUCAACUUGCAUUAGCAUUAUCAAAAUCUCUUCAGGAAGCAGAAGAAUUAGAUAAAAUUAAUGAAAUUGAAAGUUUACCUAAAGUAUUAAAUCAAUUUGUACCAGAAAUAAAUAAAUCAGUUUACGAAGGCCAGUUGGAAAAAUUUGGAUUCGCAAACAGUAAACCCCCAUCAUUAAUAAAAAAUAGAAAGAAAAAGAAUAAUGAAAGAACUUUACUUCAAACACGUUCUCAAGAAGAGAGAAAUCAUAUUUUAACUGAAAAAAUUUCAGAAAUUCUAAUGGGAAAUGAACCAGUUACUCAAAAUGAAAAUGAAGCAAUUAAGUGUAAUCGUAUGAUUGAAAAAAAAAAUAAUCUAAAAAGUCAUUCUCUUCAGGAAUUUUGUGAUAAGGAUGAAAAAUUAUGGAAUAAAGCUAAACUAUCUUCAGAUCAAAAAUGUUUUUACAUAUCAAGUUUAUCAAAUUAUAUAACUCCAGGAAAAAAACAAGUAAAAGAAGAAACGAUUUUAGAUUUUGCAAAUACAUGCAACAUCUAUGAUAUAGAAUCAAAUCAAUACCAAACAAAGCUUUGCAAUCAUAGUAAAAAAAUACAUGAAAUAUCGCAUACAGAAGCAUGUUUUGUAAAUGAAAAAUGCGAAAAUUAUCAAAAUAUACAGUUUACUGAUACCAUAAUAACAAACUGGAGUAAUACAUUAAAUGAUAGUUCUGCAAGUGAUAUAAUAAUAUUCGUUGACAACGAUAAAUAUAUUUGGGCACAUAAAUUAGUUCUCUAUGUACAGUGUUCAAAUAUACUACUUGAUGUAACACCUAAUGAUACUUUAUUCUUCACUAAAAUUAAGGAAAAAAUUUCUUGGGGAAAUAUAUCUUAUAAUAUUGCUUUAGCAUUUUUGGAAUUUAUUUAUUGUGGAAUUAUAAAAAAAUAUUUAGAUGUUUUGGAUGAUUUAGCAAGUUUUCCAUUUUUAAGAAAUCUAGCAAGGAAAUAUAAAGUAACAAAAUUAUUUGUUUUCCUAGAAAAGAAAGAAGUUGAAAUUAAACAAAUGAAAAGUCAAACGCAUAGUAAACAGGACCAAGAACUAAUUUCUAAGGAGAAAGAUAACUUGGAAUUAACCAAUAAUAAUAUACAAAAUGUAUUCUAUGACAUUAAUAAUUCCAAAUUGGAUGAUGGUGAAAAAUUAAAUAAGUGUCACUUAGAUAAGUACAUAAAUAAACCAGAUUUUGUUGAAAUAGAAUUGAGAAAAGAUACAUGUACAGAUAAAUUAUUGCAAGAAGAAAUUAACUGUUUAAGUGAUACAAAUACUAUUCGAAAUACUAAUACAUCUCCUGAUUUAUUUGAUGAUAUCAAUAAUAUAACACAGAGUGAAGUAAUAAAGAAUAAAACAAAAUAUGUUAAUGAAGUCACAAAUAGUAAAAAAGCAAAAGAUAAUAAAAGUUCUAACUUAAGUGGCUCAGUUAAUCAAGUAAUGAUUGAUCCUGCUAACAUUUCUACAUCUGGAAAUACAAUAUUUAAAAGUACUGAACAAGAUAUAAAUUUAUUUUCAGAUACAACCUAUUUUGCUACACCAAAAAAAGAUCGUUCAAAUAUACUAGAGUUAAAAAGUAACCUUAGUAUAUUUAUUGAACAAAUUCAAAGAGAAAAUGCAAGAUCAGACUCUGAUAUAGAGUCUGAUGUUUCGGUAUUACCAACAUGUUCUAAGUUAUACAGAAAUCCAUUCAAUAUCGAACAAAAUGAUUCUCUCAAGGACACUAUUAUAAAAGAAACAUUUAAUGCAAAAAGCGAUAUUUUAAGUAUAUUUGAUUGUAAUACAAUUCCUGAAUCAGGUAUCAAAAUGUCAUACGAAGAAAAUAAUUCAGAUAUAUGUCGUAGUUUUGAGUCAAUAGAUAGUAUAAGUCAAUCAUCUGGAUCUAACAUAGAAAAAUGUAGAAAGAGGUGUAAGAAUAGUUCAAUAAACAAAAGUAUGAAUAAUGCGCACAAGCAUCUACAAGAUGAAAUAAUACAUUCUAUAUCUAAAGAAAAUGAAAAUGAAAAUAAUGUAUUUUCAGAUUCUAAUACAGAUUCUAUUGCAGAAAAUGAAAUAUCUAUGUACUCAAGAUACAAAAAAGAACAUGAAAAUGAAAAUAAUGUAUUUUCAGAUUCUAAUACAGAUUCUAUUGCAGAAAAUGAAAUAUCUAUGUACUCAAGAUACAAAAAAGAACAUGAAAAUAAUAGUAUAGUAAAAUAUCGAAAUUUUAUACAGAAACAUAUAUCAAAAAAUAACGUAAAAACUAAUAUAACAUAUGAUGAAUACCAAGAAAAGAACAAUAUAGGCAAUGAUAUUUUACUAUUAGAUAUAGACAGAGACUCAGAAUUUCAAAUAAAUCAGAUAAAAAAAUGCGAUGAGAAUGAAGAUGAAACUAAAAAAAUAAUUUCUGAUUUUGAAGAGGAUAAAAAAAUGUCUCAGCAAAAUCUGUGUAAUUUUAACAACAAGUACGUUACAUUUGAUGAGAAUAAUUACUUCUGUACAAAUACUGAAUCUUUAAAUACUCAAAAAGAUGUUCUUAAAGACCGAAGACUGAAUAAUUCUGAUAAAUUAAGAUACAGUAAAUCAGAAAGUAAUAUAGAUUUACAAGCAGUUAAAACAAAUUCAUUCACAUCAUUAGAAUCAAGUACAAAUAAGUAUAAUUCAGUAGAAACCUCAAUAUUGGUAUGUUCCAGUCCUGAAUUAGAUUAUAAUGUCUUAGAGAUGCAUAAAUGUGAAGAAAAAAAGAGAAAUACAAGUGGUUCAUAUUGCAAAAGCUCUGAAGAUAAUAGUCAUGUUUUUGAGAAUGAUACUUAUUUAGCAAAUGCUUACAUUGAUAAUAGCGAUGAUAACAUUAAUACUCCAUUGUUUACCAAAGAAGUAAAUCAAUUAGAAAAAUUCAAGAGUAAUGGAAGGUCAUUAAGUACAAAAAAAUAUAGUAGAAAAUUUCAAAGAAAAUCACUAUCAGAAACAAGUUUACAUAUUGAUACAAGAUAUACUAAGAAUGAUAUAUCUGAAUCUUAUAAUAAUUCUCAAUGUAUAUGUAAUUAUAAAGAAAAGUUGAAGGCAAUUACGUCACCUGAAAUUAUUCGAGAUAGCAUCACUCCUCCUCCUAAUUAUAAUGACAUGAAAACAUCUGAACUUCAGAUGGAAUUAAAUAAAUAUGGAUUGAAGAUACAGAAACGGAAAAGGGCAGUAAAAUUAUUAACGUACAUUUAUAACGAAUUGCAUCCUACAAUUAAUACUUCAAAGGAUAUAGAAUCUGAAUUGACAAUAAUAAGUAGUGAAGAUGAUGAACCACCACCAAAAAAAACAAAUAAAAAAAAGGAUGAUGUUGAUUGUAUACAUAAUUAUGAAUCUCAAUUAACAUCCUCCUCCAUAAACGCAGAUAAACAAUUAUCAAUAAAUACAAUUGACGAAAUAAAUCAAUUUGAUGAACCUGAAUUUACUCCAGUAAUUGAUAAUGCAUCAAAUAUUAAAGAUAUGUUUUUAAAAUUUCUUACUACUAGAACUGAACUAUAUAAUAAAAUUUUGGCUUACGAACCAAUAUGCAUUAAUUCUUUGCAUUCUAUGUUAAAGACAGAAGGUUUCAAAUGCAGAAUGAGUACCCUUACGGAUUUUUUAGAUGAACAGUGUAUUACAUUUUAUGUUCAAGAAACAAAAUAGAAAAAGGUAAACUGAUUUUCAAGUAAAAAAUAUACGCGUUUACAUAUAUUAAAUGAUUGAAAUACGUGCAUGUAUAUUAAUUAUAAAUAAAUUUAUUAAAAAUUAAA